ACAAAAAAAACAAAAAAACCCAGGUGGUAGCGAGUAUCUACAUUUUAAAUUUUAAUAAAAACCACCAGAUUGCAUUCUAAAGUAGCCAGACCAAUUUCCACCAGCAGGGCUCAAGAGCUGCUUCUCCACAUCCUAGCCAAGAUUUGUUAUUCUGAAACGUAAAGGGUUUGCUCUUGUACAAGUAAAAGUUGAUUCAUCCACUGGCUUUGUGUCCAUUUUAAAUUUUGCCAACCAUGGCUUCUACCUUUGUGUGUUACUUUUUAGUGGCCAAUAUUUCUAGUGAGUGCCUUCCCCUGAGUGCAAAUGUGCAGGUUUAAGUUUGGCCAGGAAGAUGUGAUUGGUCUGUCGAAAACAGUCAACAAAUUUAUACUAUGCAUUUUUUUUUCUUUUUAUUUUUUAGGUAAAAUGUAUUGUGCUAUCAGUUAGUUAUAUUUUAUUUGUUUUCUACUAAGUCAAACUUUCCUAGGUUAGUUUUUGCAGAUUUAGCUGCAAUUUUUUUUUUUAACCUAUAUUUAAUUUACCCUGGGCAGUGUUAGCCUUUUUCAGUUUUAUUUUGUGUUGCUUAUUUUUUUCUGAGGUGGUCAUUAAGAAAGGGAUAAAAUAAAAAAGACAGAAACAAAAGUGAGGGGAAUAAACACCCCAGUGGGUUGCUUUUCUUUCUUACUCCAGAAGAUAAUGAGAAUCCACUCUGCUGCUAAAGACAGAUCUUUUAUGAUCUCUUUCCCUCAUUGCUUUUCUUCAAAUCCAGAAGUCAAAAUGAUGCGGCCUAAAGUCAUGUGGCACCUCCUUCGCAGAUACAUGGCAUCCCGACUCCAUUCCCUGCGGCUGGGUGGCUUCCUGUUCUCAGGCUCCCAGGCCCCCCAGCUGUCCCCAGCCCUGAUGAGGGCCCUGGGCCAGAAGUGCCCCAACCUGAAGCGCCUCUGCCUGCACGUGGCCGACCUGAGCAUGGUGCCCAUCUCCAGCCUGCCCUCCACCCUGAGGAUCCUGGAGCUGCACAGUUGUGAGAUUUCCAUGGCCUGGCUCCUCAAGGGGCAGGACCCCACUGUGCUGCCCCAGCUUGAGUGCAUCGUGCUAGACCGAGUCCCCGCCUUCCGGGAUGAGCACCUGCAGGGCCUGACACGCUUCCGUGCCCUGCGCUCGCUGGUGCUGGGUGGCACCUACCGGGUGACUGAGACAGGCCUGGAUGCGAGCCUGCAGGAGCUGACCUACCUGCAGAGGCUGGAGGUGCUGGGCUGCACCCUCUCAGCCGACAGCACCCUCCUGGCCGUCAGCCGCCACCUCCGAGACGUGCGGAAGAUCCGACUGACUGUGAGGGGCCUUUCUGCCCCCGGCCUGUCAGUCCUAGAGGGAAUGCCACUCCUGGAGAAUCUGUGCCUGCUGGGCCCACUCAUCACCCCAGAAAUGCCUUCCCCGGCUGAAAUCCUCUCUUCCUGCCUUACCAUGCCCAAGCUCAGGGUCCUUGAGCUGCAGGGGCUGGGGUGGGAGGGUCAGGAGGCUGAGAGGAUCCUGUGUAAGGGGCUGCCCCACUGUCUGGUCAUCGUCAGGGCCUGCCCCAAAGAGUCCAUGGACUGGUGGAUGUGACUAUACCACCUGUUCCUGAGACCCAGUUUAGUUUUCAUUAAUGAGCCCCUGGCCCUCUGAGCAGCACCUUGCAGGGGGCAGGUAUUUAGGUAGAACUGAAGCCUUGGUGCCUCCAGACAAUUGGAGUUGUUUGCCAGUUGUGUGGCCUCUUGGAGGCCUGGUCUCCACAUCUGGAGAUGGAGAAGACCACAGCUACCUCACGGUUAUAUUGCAAAGCCUUACACUUUAUCAGCCCAAAUCCCGAGAAGGUCCUUGAUGAAGGGUCAUUCUCAGGGCCAUCCUCAGGAACAGGAUGGAUGCAGAAGGGUGUGGUUAGGAGUUAGAGGGACCUAAGGGGCCGGGGCCCCUUAGGAAGCCUGGAAGGACUGUCUACAGGGACACCCACACGCCUACACACCACUGAUAUGCCUCUGCAUGGAGGAGAUGCAGAAAGCACAGGUGUGACUCAUCCUCAUGAUCAAAAUGUUAAUAAAGGUUCUAAAUUGUAUUUUC